CCGAGCGCCCGCUGGAGCGAGAGCCGGCUGUAGGCGGCUCCUUCCUGUGCAAACUUUUCUGUCCUCUUCCUCCUCCCGCCCUCUGUACCGGCUCCUCGGCGCCCGGCGUCCACCUCCCCGCCCUUCUCGCUGCCUCGGGGUUGCGGCGCGCGGGGCAGAGCCCGGCAGCAGCGGGCAGCGCAGCCCUCGGCGCCGGCCCCACCCGGUGCUCCGGCCCCGCCGCCGGGAGUCGAUGGCCGAGGCUGGCUCGCGUCCCACGGGGUCCCCGGACGAUCCGGCAAGGCCGGCGGCGGCGGUCGCAGUCCCCGAGCCCGAGGCGCCAGCACCGCCGCCGGCGCUUGCCCUGCGCUGGCUGCCCGGGGACCCGAGCCCCCGCGGCCGCUCGCAGAGCGACCUCUCCUCGUCCUCGAGCAGGGGCCGCCCGCUCCGGGUCCACAUCUCCGGCUCAGUUGAUGGACUGGACAAAGCUUCUAUAGCAAACUCAGAUGGCCCCACAGCAGGUUCCCAAACACCUCCCUUCAAGAGGAAGGGGAAACUAUCCACCAUUGGUAAAAUCUUUAAGCCUUGGAAAUGGAGGAAAAAGAAGACCAGCGACAAAUUUAGAGAAACCUCAGCAGUAUUAGAAAGGAAGAUAUCCACAAGACAAAGUAGAGAGGAGCUGAUAAGAAGGGGAGUUCUUAAGGAAUUGCCUGAUCAAGAUGGAGAUGUAACAGUUAACUUUGAAAAUUCAAACGGGCACAUGAUACCCAUCGGAGAGGAAUCUACCCGAGAGGAAAAUGUAGUAAUAUCUGAAGAAGGUAAUGGCUCUGUAUCUGAAAAAACACCACCUCUGGAGGAAAAGGCAGAAGAUAAGAAAGCUGGCUCCUCUCAUUCAAAAAAACAAACUGGCUCUAAAGCAUCAGCUUCGCCAUCCACUUCAUCCACCUCAUCUCGUCCCAAAGCUUCAAAGGAGACAGUAUCUGGCAAAACAGGGACAGUGGGGACCACCAAGGGCAAGAAAAAAACUGGCAAGCAGGCAACGUCUUCUCACCUGUCCUCAGACACAACCACUUCUGGCACAUCCAGCCUGAAAGGAGAGCCUUCGGAGACCAGAGUGGAGAGUCUCAAACUCGAACAGACUGUCCCUGGAGCCGAGGAGCAGAACGCAGGCAAAUCCAAGUCCACGAUCCCUCCAACCCCUGUGGCUCCCACACCUUCUCCUCCUGCCCCUCCUCUCCCUCUUGAAGAUCAAUGCAUUACUGCCUCAGAUACUCCCGUUGUCCUGGUCAGCGUUGGAGCUGACCUGCCCGUCUCUGCCUUAGACCCAAGUCAGCUUCUUUGGGCUGAAGAGCCAAUGAACAGAACCACUCUCCACUCAGGCACUGACUUAAGUGUUAACAGAGAAAAUGCAAAAUGGUAAGUUGGGGAACAAGCUCCCUAUUUUAUCUGAGAACUAAAGAUCACUAAUGUAUUGUGCUGGACAUGAAGCAAACAGGUUUGCUUUCUUUUAUAAUUUAACCUACUGAGUGUUAGGCAUACAUAUGAUCCAACCAUUGGUAGAGCCAACAAAUACCACUUGAGAUCGGUGUUUUCAAGUACAGUUAGAGCCUGCCUCAGCACUACCCAGCGGUCCUCAGUUCCCUUCUCUUUCCUUUCAGUGCUUAUUUUAAAUCUUUACCACGUGGGUCCAGUCUGCUCACCCACUCACAUCAGCAAGUUACUGAGCUUUCCUCUUCUCCAAGAACAUAAAGAAGAUCAGACGAGAACUCUCAAAUUGGAACUCUUUUUUCUCCAGCAGUAGAGUUGGCCCCCUUCUUGUUCCUUUAAAUUCCCACCCAGGUGAAAUGUUAGGUCCUCUGU